AUGGCGAGAAACCAAGAGAAAGCGAACGGCAUGUUCAACAAAUGGGUCUCCGGAAAGCAAGAACUCCUCUCCGGCAUGGACAGAUCCGGCAAAAGACCGAACCACACGGCAAAAUGCGACGACGUCUCCCAGGCGGAUAAAUUCCGGUCGCAGAUUUUAAGGGAAGUUGGACGCAAAGUGAUGGAAAUCCAAAACGAAGGCUUAGGGGAACACCGUUUGCGGGAUUUAAACGACGAGAUUAACAAACUUCUCAAAGAAAAAUGGCAGUGGGAAAUGCGGAUUAAAGAGUUAGGCGGGCCGAAUUAUAUCGUUCGAGGCGGCGGGAUCGAGGAAGGGGGGGUGACGGUGAAGCCGAAAGGGUACGAGAAGUUGGAAGGCGCGGCGAGGCACUAUAAGUAUUUCGGCGCGGCGAAGAAUUUACCCGGGGUGAAGGAGUUGUUUGAGAAGAAAGAAGAGGACGACGAGGAAGGGAAAGCGAGGAGGAAGAAACGGACGAAGACGGAGAUGUUGAGGAGAGCGGACGCGAAGUAUUUUGGGUUUAACGACGACGAGGAGGACGGGGAUUUUUUGAAGAAGGAAAGAGAGGCGGAGAUUGCGUUGAAGAGAGAAGCGGCGGAGAAUUGGAAGGCGAUGCAGCUGUUGAAAGCGGCGGAUAUGGGAGUAGAGGUGGAUAAAGAGACUGGAGCGGCGUUGGUUGAUGGUAGUGGUAGAAGAGAAGUUCGAGCGACGACGACGACAACAACGAGUAAUAAUGGUAAAAACGUAGACGUAGAAGAGCCGCCGAAGGCGUACGUGCCGCUUCCGGAGGAUUCGGACAUAGAAGCGCUGGUGAUCGCCAAGAAAAAGCGAGAGUUGUUGGCGAAGUAUCAAUCGACCGAUUUGACCGACGCGGAAGCAAACGCCAAGUCGCUUUUGAACAAGAGAGAAUAA